CCAAGAAGCGAACGAUGGCAGGGCAAUCCGCGAAGAAGGCGCAGAGGGCAGGAUCCGAGCUCAGUGCGAGAUUGAACCAAUCCAUCGUGGCCGUGAAUGCCGUGUACUUGUUGUAUCGAGUGCUGUGGCACUUUGGCACGUUCUCGACGUGGCAUGCGACUGGCUACGCUUUCAUCUUGACCGCCACGUAUGCCUGCUACACCAUGGCCGUGGCCUCUGCUCUGGAAGGCACCAACAACGAGUAUGCCAUGGAUGUCCUGAUCGUGACGCUCAUCGUUCAAGUUGGAACGCUUCUGUCGGACUACUUUUGGUACCUCUACUUGGUGGUGCCGGGGUACGUGCUGUACUUCGUCGGCGGCAAAGCUAUCAAGUACUUCUUUCCUCCAGGCAGCUCUGAGACGUCCAGCGUCGAGCCUGCCGUGUCCAAGCGCAUGCAAAAGCUCGAAAAGCGCGGUGUCCGUCAACGCGCGCUAUAGACAUCACGUCCCUGCAGCCAUCACGUUCUCAACACGACGACUCUGUGGUUUUCACUUCAUUGACCACAACCGCUGACUGGCGCUGGUUUGCAUCCUUUCUCUGGCAGACAUGUUGGCGGAUUUCGCUGUGGCUACAGCUAGCCGUUCGUAGAAACCCAUCUUGCCAUCCACCCCGCCGUCGACUUUGUCCAGCGGGUACCCCAGCACGAGGCCUCCAGCAAGGGAAUUGGAGGCGGUCGUCGGUAACACGAGCGUUCCGCCCAUCCCGAGCACUUGGUAGUUGAUCGUCAGCGCCUUACGGAUGCCGCGGCACGGGUCUCCGUAGGCAGCCACCAAAUCCAGCUGCUUUGGAAUGACCAGCGACUUGGUUGCGUUGCCUGGUUGAUAAAUACAUACAGUCACAUGCGGC